CAAUCGCAAAUAACGUUUAUUUAAAGAUAUCUGAUUGAUGACUGAUUGAAUAAUUCAGUGGAAUAAUUUAAUAAUUUUGUUGGGGGUAAUUCCGGCGGAUGUUUCCAAAUGAAAACGGUAAAAGCUGUCCAAUCACAGCUGCUAAAUGUCACUUAGGGAGGAGACCAACCCUGGAGGCGUGGUUAAGCUACCGUCCAUCUUUAGCUAGAGUACAGCGAGUUUAUCGAAAAGAAAACACAUUUUGGAAGUAAAGAAGACGUGUGGGAAAUAGUUUGGGCUAUAAUUGAAAAGAGAAAAACGAAAACCCAGACCCUAGCUAAAGCAGUAACAGACGGAAUGUGGACAGUGUCGUAGUGAAAGCCAUGGCUGACAAGAGAAAAUUACAAGGUGAAAUCGAUAGAUGUUUGAAAAAAGUAGCAGAAGGUGUAGAGCAGUUCGAGGAUAUUUGGCAAAAGCUUCACAAUGCAGCCAAUGCUAACCAGAAGGAAAAAUACGAGGCAGACCUCAAAAAAGAGAUUAAAAAACUGCAACGACUGCGAGAUCAGAUAAAAACAUGGGUGGCCUCAAAUGAGAUUAAAGACAAAAGGCAACUAGUCGAAAACCGGAAACUCAUAGAGACGCAAAUGGAGCGCUUUAAGGUGGUGGAGCGGGAAACAAAAACAAAGGCGUACUCUAAAGAAGGCUUAGGACUUGCCCAGAAAGUAGAUCCAGCUCAGAGGGAAAAAGAGGAAACGGGCCAGUGGUUAACGAAUACGAUAGACACUCUAAAUAUGCAGGUGGACCAGUUUGAGAGUGAGGUGGAGUCUCUCUCCGUGAUGACGAGAAAAAAAAAGGGUGACAAAGAGAAGCAAGAUCGCAUCGAAGAGCUUAAGAGGUUGAUCGAGCGCCAUCGGUUCCACAUUCGCAUGCUGGAGACCAUCCUGCGAAUGCUUGACAAUGACUCGGUACAAGUGGACUCUGUCCUGAAGAUCAAAGAUGACGUGGAGUACUACAUCGACUCGUCCCAGGACCCCGACUUCGAGGAGAACGAGUUCCUGUACGAUGAUCUAGACCUGGAUGACAUACCACUUGUGGCCACGUCUCCAUCGGGGCAAGGAAAUAUUGAGGAUGAGAUGUUUCUCAACUCCAGCAGUACGCCCACUUCCACCACCUCCUCCUCACCCAUCCCUCCCUCCCCGGCCGCCUGCACUGCUGUAAGUUCAUGCAAUCCUCCCUUUGCUUGGGACGAUUCCAUCACUUUGGAGAACUCUGAGGACGAUAAGAAACGAGGUCGGUCGACAGACAGUGAAGUUAGUCAGUCGCCUGUGAAGAAUGGCACUCCUUCCCUGUUGUCUUCCUUCUCUUGCUCCUCCACCUCCGGCUCCUCCUCCUCCUCCUCCUCGUUGGUGUCCAUGGCGAGCAUUGUCGGAGGCAUUCCCGUGGUGCCCACAAGCAACAGCCUGAUCGGGAGCUUCAGCAGCGCUGUGCAACAGCACCAGCAUCAAAUGUCGCAGCAGCUGGCGCAGUCUGCAAACCAACAGCAACAGCCAUCGCAAUCCAAGCCCUCGGCCCCCUCCAGCAACACCCCCAGCCCGCCCAGCCACCCACUCCUACCGGUCUCGGCCCCCAUCCCCAUCCCCACCGCCCCCAGCUUAGUGGCGGCCCUCCCCCAACCCAUGCCGUCCUCAGGGUCCGCUCCCUCCUCCAGCUGUGGACUUGGGCUGGGCCUGGGUUUGAGCAAAGUGGGCAUCACGGGGACCAGCAGUGCCAACCAAAUGUCCGGUCUUGGCCUGAGCGGCAUGCCGUCGGCGCUAAACACGAUGGCCGGGCUCAUUUCGGCGUCCACCCCUACCCCGUAUGCUCAGGCAGCGGCGUCGGGGGGCCUGGGUCUGAGCAGCAGCAGCGGCCUGUCCAGUGUUCCCAUGGAGAGCAGCCCUUCCAUCCCCACCUCUGGCUCCAGUGGAGUCACCACCAAUGGCUCCGGCACAGGCCUUAGUUUGCUGGGCUCCAGCCCGGCGCACGGCUCUCUCACCGGGGGCCUCCUCGGCCUGGUCCCCGGGCAGAACGUUGGCCCCGGGUCCUCGCAGGUGACCCUCCCUCCCGUCAGCGCUGCUCCUGGCGGGGGCAUGGGCAUGCUGGGAGGCAGCGGUGCCAACGUCGGCGUGGUCGGCGGAGCGGUGCUCAACGCGGCCCCUGCCAGACCCCCCAGUGGACUCAAGCAGAACGGAACCACAAGUUACAGCGCAAUAGUAGCAGAGAGCUCCACAGAUUCCAAUCUAAGCACACCGAGCCAAUCACAAGGCAGCCAGCCUUCGUCGCUCACGUCCUCGACCAGUCAACCAAUGGACAACGGCCCCAGCCUCAUCAGCUCCAUCACCCUGCCGCCCAGCUCUCCCUCGCCCUCCUUCUCGGACAGCACGCCCGGCGGAAGCAGCCUUCUGAACGGACCCCACUCCUACUCGCAGACCCCCGAGGUCCUCAAACUCCCCACAGACCACCGUCAGAUGCUGAUGGACUGCCGGGUAUCGGCAGUUGCGGGAGAGCCGCCCGGGACCACGGCCACCAACACACGCAAACGAAAGCAGUGUCAGGCUCCUGAGGCUCUCAGCUCUCUGAAGGCCAUGGCCGAGCGGGCAGCGCUGGUCUCAGGCCUUGACGGAGAGAUCCCCAACCUGCACCUCACAGAUAGAGAUAUCUUCUCUAGUUCCUCUGCAGCCCCCGGCACCCCGGCGGGCCCCCAGCCCUCCCUGUCAGAGGUCAGCAUCCCCCCGUCGCUGGGCGUGUGCCCCCUGGGCCCCACGCCGCUCCCCAAAGACCAGCUCUACCAGCAGGCCAUGCAGGAGUCGGCCUGGACACACAUGCCCCACCCCUCGGACUCUGAGAGAAUCAGGCAGUACCUGAUGAGGAACCCGUGUCCCACGCUGCCCUUCCACCACCAGAUGCCGCCUCAUCACUCGGACUCCAUCGAGUUCUACCAGAGGUUGUCCACGGAAACGCUCUUCUUCAUCUUCUACUACCUGGAGGGCACGAAGGCUCAGUACCUGUCUGCGAAGGCGCUGAAGAAGCAGUCGUGGAGGUUCCACACCAAGUACAUGAUGUGGUUCCAGAGGCACGAGGAGCCCAAGACGAUCACCGAUGAGUUUGAACAGGGCACUUACAUCUACUUUGACUAUGAGAAGUGGGGCCAGCGGAAGAAGGAGGGCUUCACCUUCGAGUACCGGUACCUGGAGGACCGCGACCUGCAGUGACGAGGAGGGCCGUGGGGCGAGGAGCCGUGCUGCUGUUGACAUUCCGAGACUGUCCUCCGUACUUUGGAUAGAGAUUGAUGUGUAGUAGAAGAGGCCUCCUGGAAGGGGGGCCGAGGGUGUCUGUGCAGGCUGCAUCUUCCACGUGGAGCCCCCGCCACCCCCACCGUAGCGCAUUACUCUUGGCAUGUGCCCCGUGGGUUUGAGCAGAAGAAGCGGUGCGCUGCGUGUGGGCCGGGGGGCGACGAUGGGAUGUCUGCGUCCGUGCCUGUCUGUGUGCACACUCAGUAUGUGGCAUUAGGAAAGCCUAGCCCAUGCAUGUUUCUCAUGGUAUGUUUUAGUUUUAUUAUUUCCCCUCCUCCCCCAUUGCAACAAGACUCUGUACCGUCACCAUGCCAUCAUCACGAGCCUGGAAACCCUUGACCCGAUACAAAAACAAGCAUUGGAUUCAAUUCACGUAACAGUCACCGCUCCUCAUGUUUACCGUGAUCUGGUCGAGUUAAAUGGGGAACUGUGCAGUGGACAUUUGGACAUGGUGUGUAGAAAUGGCUUCUUUUAAAGAUCCUCUGAUGCCUGUAGAAUAUGGUCACUAUUGGAUAUAGUGAGUGAUUAUCAAUAGUGUUAUUGACCGUCUUGGUCGAUAAAACACUGAUUGACCACAGGGCCUCUCCCUGUGACAGGGAAAGAAUCCUUAUUGGACGUGGAUUAAAUUGCUAUGCAAUUGAACUGGUCUCUGACUCCCUCUUUACAAAUAAAUGUUUUUAAGUUUACCUGUCUAAGAAAAAUGCAUCUUUAUGGGGCAUUCAUGUUUGUGAAAAAAUAAAAUUGUAAAAUAAAUCUUAAUUUAGGGUUUGUUCAUCUUUUACUGUACUAAUUAUUCAAUGGAGGUUUUCACGUUGGAAGUCGAUAGUGUCACAGCCAUUCCCAGUUUUGUGAAUGUAAUUUGAACCAAAUCACUUCUUUUCCAUACACUGAUGGUAUUUUCUGUACAGAAUCAGAAUUGUUGCAGCUUUCAAUCGUGAAAUCCUUGUUUUAGUCACCUCAUCCCAUUUACAUGGCAGUUUUUUUAACCUAAUUAGUAUAAGUGAGAGCUACCUAAUUAAUGGUGGUUUUACAAGGUUUAGUGAGUAAAUCAAACCCCGAGAUAGCAGUAACUAAGUGGUUUGAUUUACACUGCCAAGCAUAUCUUAACCCUUUGGUACAGAUUCAAUCUCAGCUUGGCUAUUAAAGUAUCUACUGCAGUAAAUGUAAAUUAAAUAUAUAUCUUGCUGUAAAAACCAGCCCUUAAGCUGAAGUUUUCUUCAACGGUAGUUAAAUACGUGGAUAAAGCAAUUGCCUUUAAUAGAAUCUAUUUUUGGGCCUUAAAUUAAAGGUAGAGUAUAGUCAGAUUAAAUGGCUAAAGUGAAUUUCUCAUAUUUACAAUUUCUCAUAUUUACAUGUUGAGGUUCUGCAUGGGAUACUUCAUAAUAUGGGUUACAAAGUAUUGUAACAUUUCAAUAAAUGCUUUUCAGAACUAAAUGCUGUUUAUUGUCCUUGAUUCACAAAACGACUUAUAUAGACACCAUGGCAGGCUACUCUAGUUUACAGU